AUGGCAGAUGCUGCUGCACGUUCAUUGCAGUAUGAAUACAAAGCCAAUUCAAAUCUUGUCCUCCAAGCGGACACUCGGCUCAUCGAACGGCGGAGUCGAGAUGAGCCCACAGGAGAGGUUCUGUCUCUGGUUGGUAAACUUGAAGGUUCCCGCAUGGGAGACAAAUUCCAGCGAACCAAGCCAAAGGCACAAGAAGAGAGGAAGAUCAAGCGGCAGCGUAGGGAUGAAGCUCAGUAUGACUUCGUUCGCAUGAAAGGAACUACAUUGUUGUCGGAAGGGAUUGAGGACAUGGUUGGCAUUGUUUAUCGGCCUAAGACACAAGAUACUCGUCAAACCUAUGAGGUCCUGCUGAGCUUUAUUCAAGAGGCUUUGGGUGAUCAGCCAAGAGAUAUCCUCUGUGGUGCAGCAGAUGAAGUAUUGGCUGUUCUGAAGAAUGACCGCCUGAAAGAGAAAGAGAAGAAAUCUGAGACUGAAAACUUGCUUGGAUCUUUGGCAGAAGAGAGGUUUGCUCUUUUGGCAAAUCUUGGCAAGAAAAUUACUGAUUAUGGAGGUGAAGAGAAGACUCAACCAAUGGAGGAAAAUUUGGAUGAAACAUAUGGUGUGAAUGUUCAGUUUGAGGAAUCAGAAGAAGAAGAUGAGGAGGAUGUUUUUGGAGAAGUUCGUGAAGAAGAUAUGGAGGAUGAAGAAGGGGAAGAAGCCAAGCUUGAUUCAGCAAUUCAUGCCACAAAUUUGACAAGUGGUGAAGAAGUUGCCAAAAAGGAGAAAGGUCUUCAUCCGCUUGAUAUUGAUGCAUAUUGGCUUCAGAGGCAGUUGUCAAAAUUCUAUAAUGAUCCAAUGGUUUCACAGUCCAAAGCUGCUGAAGUUUUGGAUAUCCUUAGGAAUGCCCAAGAUGACAGAGAGUGUGAGAACCAGCUUGUUCUUCUUCUGGGGUAUGACUGUUUUGACUUCAUUCGAAUAGUGAAGAAGCAGCGUAACAUGGUGCUAUAUUGUACACUUCUUGCAUCUGCGCAAACUGAUGCUGAAAGGGAUGAGGUCAGAACCAAAAUGAAGGCUGAUCCAGCUCUCACGAAAAUCCUUUCUCAGCUUGAAGCUGCUGUUGCUGAGAAUGAAGGUGGUGAGCUAGAUGCAAGGAGAGAAAGAGAAAAGAGGAGAAAAAGGGGAAUGGAAGAUGAUGAGGAUGGAGAGAUGCUUAAUGAAAAAGGUCAAUUUGGUCAUAGGCAGGUGUUGGAUCUGGAUGAUCUGAGUUUCCAACAGGGCUCCCACUUCAUGGCAAAUAAGAGAUGUCAAUUGCCAGAAGGAUCAUAUAGAAAACAGAGAAAGGGAUAUGAAGAGGUUCAUGUCCCAGCUUUGAAACCAAAGCAGCUUGGAGCUGAUGAAUUGCUUGUUCCAAUUGAGCGUCUCCCCAAGUAUGCACAACCUGCUUUUGAAGGUUUCAAAAGCUUGAAUCGCAUCCAGAGCCGUCUUUUCCAGGCAGCCAUGGAAAAGGAUGACAACCUACUCUUGUGUGCUCCAACUGGUGCUGGGAAAACCAAUGUUGCUUUGUUGGCUAUCAUGAGAGAAAUAGGAAAGCAUGUGAAUCCUGAUGGUACCAUAAAUACCAAUGAAUUCAAGAUUGUCUAUGUUGCCCCAAUGCGCUCAUUGGUUCAAGAAAUGACAGGAAAUUUCUCCAAGCGCCUUGCCUCUUAUAAUCUUGUUGUGUCAGAAUUAACUGGUGAUCAUCAAUUGUCAAGAGAGCAGAUUCAAGCAACGCAAGUGAUUGUCUGCACACCAGAGAAGUGGGAUAUUAUGACAAGGAAGGCAGGCGAGCGAACUUUUACUCAGCUGGUUCGACUGAUGAUUAUUGAUGAAAUUCACUUGCUUCAUGAUGAACGGGGACCUGUGCUAGAAGCUCUGGUUGCCCGAACCAUCCGAAAUGUGGAGACAACUCAGGAGGAUGUCCGCCUGAUAGGACUUAGUGCAACAUUGCCUAAUUAUGAAGAUGUUGGUACUUUCCUCCGUGUAAAGCCAAAGACUGGAUUGUUCUACUUUGACAAUAGUUUCCGUCCUGUCCCCUUGGAGCAGCAGUACAUUGGAAUCACAGAGAAGAAAGCUGUCAAACGCUACCAGUUGAUGAAUGACAUUGUGUAUGAGAAGGUAUUGGAGCAUGCAGGGAAGAACCAAGUGUUGAUAUUUGUCCACUCAAGAAAAGAGACUGGGAAGACAGCAAGAGCAAUUCGGGACUUAUGUUUGGAGAAGGACACUCUUGGACAUUUCCUUCGUGAGGGCUCUGCUUCAACAGAGGUUUUGAGACAGGAAGCUGAGCAGGUGAAGAAUGGAGAAUUGAGAGAUCUCCUCCCUUAUGGUUUUGCCAUUCAUCAUGCUGGAAUGACCCGUGUGGAUCGAACUCUAGUGGAAGAUCUGUUUGCUGACCGGCACAUCCAGGUACUUGUGUCCACAUCUACCCUUGCUUGGGGUGUGAACUUGCCAGCCCACACUGUCAUUAUCAAGGGCACUCAGGUGUACAAUCCUGAGAAGGGUCGCUGGACAGAACUUGGGGCUUUGGAUGUGAUGCAGAUGCUUGGACGAGCAGGGCGGCCUCAAUAUGACACCAAGGGUGAAGGGAUCCUCAUUACCAAUCAUAGUGAACUUCAGUAUUAUUUGUCCCUGAUGAAUCAGCAGCUUCCAAUUGAAUCACAGAUGACAUCAAAGUUGGCAGAUAUUUUGAAUGCUGAAGCUGUUCUUGGAACUGUACAGACAGCAAAAGAUGCUAUCAAUUGGCUGGGUUACACGUACUUAUAUAUUCGGAUGUUACGUGCACCAACUCUGUAUGGGAUUAGUCAUGAUCAAUUGAAGUCAGAUCCCCUGCUGGAACAACGGCGAGGAGAUUUGGUGCAUACAGCAGCUGCUUUGCUUGAUAAGUCCAAACUCUUAAAGUAUGAGCGAAAGCAAGGAAUAUUUCAAGUGACUGACCUGGGUCGAAUUGCCAGCCAUUAUUACUGCACACACAGAACCAUGUCAACCUACAAUCAGCUGCUGAAGCCAACUCUGAGUGAGAUUGAGCUAUUCAGGGUAUUUUCUUUAUCUGAAGAAUUCAAGAACCUCACAGUUCGUGAUGAGGAGAAGCUUGAGCUACAGAAGCUCAUGGAGAGAGUUCCAAUCCCAAUCAAAGAGGGCAUAGAAGAACCCAGUGCUAAGGUCAAUGUACUCCUUCAGGCUUACAUAUCUCAACUAAAACUGGAGGGAUUUGCUCUGAUGUCUGACAUGGUGUAUAUCACCCAAUCAGCUGGACGUCUCAUGCGGGCUAUCUUUGAAAUUGUCCUUCAUCAUUCCUGGGCUCAGCUGGGUGACAAAGUUCUGUCACUUUGUAAGAUGAUUGACAAGCGGAUGUGGCAAUCUAUGUGUCCACUUCGGCAGUUCCGCAAAGUUCCAGAAGAGGUGGUGAGAAAGUUGGAGAAAAAGGGCUUUCCUUGGGAACGUCUUUUUGAUCUACAACCCAAUGAGAUUGGAGAAAUGCUUCGGAUGCCAAAACUUGGGAAGACAAUACACAAGUAUAUACACCAGUUCCCCAAACUUGAACUUGUCACACACAUUCAGCCUAUCACUCGUUCUACAUUGAGAGUGGAGCUUCGAAUCACCCCAGACUUUCAAUGGGAUGAGAAGAUUCAUGGAGGAAGUCAGGCUUUCUGGAUACUGGUGGAAGAUGUUGACUCUGAAGUCAUCCUUCAUCAUGAAUAUUUUCUUUUGAAAGCUAAGUUUGCUGAGGAUGAACAUAUUAUCAAAUUCUUUGUUCCAGUCUUUGAACCACUCCCCCCUCAAUACUUCAUUCGAGUUGUGUCAGAUAAUUGGAUUGGAUCUGAGACAAUACUUCCAGUUUCUUUCCGUCAUCUCAUCCUCCCAGAGAAGAAUCCUGCUCCUACUGAAUUACUGGACUUGCAACCACUACCUAUAACAGCUUUGAGGAACCCUGAGUAUGAGACUCUUUACCAGAAGUACUCCCAGUUCAAUCCUAUCCAGACUCAAGUCUUCAACACUGUAUACAACACUGAUGACAAUGUUUUCAUUGGAGCUCCCACAGGUAGUGGAAAGACCACCAUUGCAGAAUUUUCCCUUCUUCAUCUGUUUUCACAAAAUCCUGAUGGUAGGUGUGUCUAUGUGACUCCAAAGGAGGAUUUGGCAGAAUUGAUUUAUGAGGAGUGGCACAAGAACUUCAGUUUGAGACUUGGAAAGAGGGUUGCAUUAUUGACCGGGGAGACAGGAACUGACUUGAAACUGUUGGCCAAAGGGAAUGUCAUCAUCAGUACCCCAGAGAAGUGGGAUGUUCUUUCUCGACGAUGGAAGCAACGUAAGAAUGUACAGAAUGUGCACUUGUUCAUCAUUGAUGAACUUCAGUUGCUGGGAGGAGAAGAAGGUCCCAUCAUGGAGGUGGUGUGCUCACGUAUGCGCUACAUUUCCUCUCAGCUGGAAAGGCCAAUUCGUAUUGUGGCUCUCUCUUCUUCUCUCUCAAAUGCUCGAGAUGUUGCACAGUGGUUGGGCUGUGGUGCAAAUGCCACAUUCAAUUUCCAUCCAAAUGUCAGACCUCUCCCGCUUGAACUUCACAUUCAGGGCUUCAAUGUCACCCACAAUGCAUCUCGUCUCUUGGCCAUGGCCAAACCAACUUACCAGGCUAUUAUAAAACAUAGUCCUAAGAAGCCUGUCAUCAUCUUUGUGCCUUAUCGGAGACAGACCAGGCUCACAGCUGUUGAUCUCCUCACCUUGGUUGCUGCACAAGGAGCCUCAUCUUCAUUCCUAUUUGCUGAGAAGUCUGAUAUUGAGCCAUUUGUUGAAAAGCUGACUGACAAAACAUUGAAGGAGACUGUCAGUGAAGGGGUUGCCUAUCUCCAUGAAGGCCUCAGUGGUCCUGAUCGGAGAAUUGUGGAACAGCUAUUUGAGUCUGGUGCAAUUCAAAUUCUUGUUGCAUCUCGGCCAAUGUGCUGGAGAUUAUCUGUUUCUGCACAUUUGGUGGUCAUCAUGGACACACAGUACUAUGAGGGAAAGACACAUUCCUAUGAGGACUAUCCUGUCACAGAUGUCAUCCAGAUGCUGGGUCGAGCCAAUCGCCCUCUUGAGGAUGAUGAAAGCAAAUGUGUUCUCAUGUGCUUAUCAUCAAAGAAGGACUUCUUCAAGAAGUUUUUGUAUGAACCUUUGCCAAUUGAGAGUCACUUGGAUCAUUGUCUUCAUGAUCACUUCAAUGCUGAGAUUGUUACGAAGACAAUUGAGAACAAGCAAGAUGCUGUGGACUAUCUCACUUGGACAUUCCUGUAUCGACGUAUGACUCAAAACCCCAAUUACUACAAUCUUCAAGGUGUAACUCAUCGUCAUCUAUCUGACAGUCUGUCUGAAUUGGUUGAAAGAACAUUGAGUGAUUUGGAACAGUCCAAAUGCAUCACUAUCGAGGAUGAGAUGGAUGUGUCGCCUUUGAAUUUGGGCAUGAUUGCUGCAUACUACUACAUCAAUUACACAACAAUUGAACUCUUUAGCAUGUCAUUGAACUCCAAGACCAAACUGAGGGGAUUGCUUGAAAUUAUAUCCUCUGCUGCAGAAUUUGGUGACAUCCCCAUCCGACAUGGAGAGGAUAACAUCAUGAAGAAUCUCUUGACAAGGCUCCCACACAAGCCACAGAAUGUGAAAUUUACUGAUCCACAUUUUAAGACCAAUCUCCUCAUCCAGGCACAUCUGUCCCGUAUGCAAUUGUCGGCCGAACUCCAACAGGACACGGAGUCAAUUCUGAAUAAGGCUCUUCGCCUGAUUCAGGCUUGUGUUGAUGUGUUGAGCAGCAAUGGUUGGCUGGCUCCUGCCCUCUCUGCUAUGGAGCUUGCUCAGAUGGUCACCCAAGCCAUGUGGAACAAGGACUCAUACUUGAAGCAGCUGCCUCACUUCACCUCUGAGAUAGUCAAGCGAUGCCAGGAAAAGAAUGUUGAUACUGUUUUUGACAUCAUGGAAUUGGAGGAUGAGGACCGUAACAAGUUGUUACAAUUGACUGACCAACAGAUGGCUGAUGUUGCACGAUUCUGCAAUCGCUAUCCCAACAUUGAACUGAUGUAUGAAGUCCAAGAUAAAGACAGGCUGAGAGCUGGACAGACAGUGAAUGUCAAUGUGCAGUUGGAGCGUGAAGAUGAAGUUCCAACCACUGUCAUUGCCCCAUUCUUUCCUCAGAAGCGUGAAGAGGGUUGGUGGGUGGUGAUUGGAGAUCCAAAAUCCAAUUCUCUCAUAUCUAUCAAGAGGAUGACACUCCAGCAGAAGGCCAAGAUUAAAUUGGAUUUCAUUGCCCCCAACCCUGGGGCCUAUUCAUAUACUCUAUAUUUCAUGAGUGAUGCAUACAUGGGUUGCGAUCAGGAGUACAAGUUCACAAUUUCCGUUGGUGAUCCUGAAUCUGGAAGUGAUUCCAGCAGAGAAGUUUCCAUUUCUUAUACUGAGAACAGUCUGAAAUUCAAGAGGCUUUCUUGCAAUGACUUGUUUGUUGACAUAUCUGGUCGAGAACUAGUCUCCCCUCCUGGAUUGGAAGGCCUGUUUGAAAUGGAUGGAUACCUGCGACUGCAUGGUGAUGAACUCAGAAGACGGUACACAAUCUUCAGUGCAUAUGUGGAACUGUUUAACAAAAAUGAGGGAGGACUGGAGAAGUUUUCCCGUGCUUAUGAGAAGUUUGGUGUGAAAGUGAUGCCUGACAACAGCAUCUAUUGCAAGGAAUGGGCUCCAAAUGCAGAAGCAAUGUUUCUUAAGGGAGACUUCAAUGAUUGGAAUCAUGAGAAGCAUCCAUAUAAGAAGCUUGAUUUCGGGAAAUGGGAACUGCACAUUCCUCCUCGCCCUGAUGGCUCCUGCCCCAUUGAUCACCUUUCUAAACUCAAGGCAAGUCACAUUCAUAGUUGA